GCUCCUCAACGCUCCUAUGCACGCACAAGCGAUCAGCUGAUGAUCGCGCAUGUAUAAAAAUGGCUGGUAAAGAAGCGAGUAAGGUCGCGCUUCGAUAUUUACUCGGAAAGUGCGUACCUUCGUCGAAACAAAAUGCCGCGAAAGUGAGGAUACCGCAAUUGAAAUUCGACAAUUACUUUCACAUGUACUUCAAAGAACACGAGUUCGUCUAUGCCAAUGAUCCGCAGAAAUUAUGUAAAACCGGUGAUAUUAUCCUGAUAAAAGCGUUACCGGCGAAAAUGACACGUCUAAUCACUCACGAGGUGAUCGAGGUGAUACAUCCUCUAGGUGACAUCACAGAUCCAAUUACUGGAAAGAAAACUGUCAAGUCUGCAUAUAGAGAGGAUUUGGAUGAGAUUGUACAACUACAUGGCAGAAAAGAGACAGCUUAUGAUUAUGAAAAGGCACCAAGACGAGGAAGGCUAGAAAAUAUACGUGACUUUACCCAUAAAAAGGUAUAUCUGAAAUACUACGACAAUCCAGAUGAUCCACAACCAGAUACAGUGUAGAAUAUUUUUGUAUAGUAUUUGAGAAAAUGGUAAAUGAUAAUAAAUCUUGAUUUCUUUUUUCUGUAGAAUCUA